CUUUUCUACUGGUCAAAGCAGGAGGUGUGUGGUAUCGGGCUGAUAACAGUGUGUGAGACAGAGCACAGGUGCGUGCUUGGCUUCAUCAGGGUAGAAGGAAAAGCCACACUGUUUUUUCCACAACAGCAAAGGUCGUGUAGAGGUAUAAAAGAAGGAGGGAAGCUUUGGUGGCUUUGCGAAAACGUUCUGACGCAGUGCAGACAUGCUUAGGUUUCUUCUGUUGACAAGUCUUGCAGCCUUGGUGCUGGCUGAGCUGGAGCCCCAGCCCAGGUACCUGGAGGACAGCCUCGAGAAGGUGGUUGGAGGUGAGGUGGCCUCACCCAACUCCUGGCCCUGGCAGAUCUCUCUUCAGUACAGAUCUGGCAGCAGGUUCUACCACACAUGUGGAGGAACCCUGAUCCAGAGAGGCUGGGUGAUGACAGCUGCUCACUGUGUGGACAGUAACAGGGUGUACCGCGUCGUUAUCGGGGAACAUGACCUCAACAGCGACAGUGGCAGAGAGCAGAUCAUCAGUGUCGCCCAGGUUCACAUCCACCAGGGAUGGGACUCCAGCAGUGUUGCUAAAGGUUUCGACAUCGCCCUGCUGCGUUUGUCCUCUGAGGCCACCCUGAACUCCUACGUGCGACUGGGCUCCCUGCCUCCUUCUGGCCAGAUUCUGCCCCACAACAACAACUGCUACGUCACCGGAUGGGGCCGUACCUCCACUGGUGGUAGCCUGUCUGCCCAGCUGAAGGAGGCCUACCUGCCCCUUGUUGACCACAAGACGUGCUCCAGCAGCGGCUGGUGGGGUAGCACUGUGAAGACCAGCAUGGUGUGUGGUGGUGGUGGUGCCAAUGCUGGAUGCAAUGGUGACUCUGGCGGCCCCCUGAACUGCCUUGUUAAUGGAGAAUACCACGUCCAUGGCAUUGCCAGCUUUGUGUCUGGCUAUGGAUGCAACUACCCCCAGAAGCCUACAGUCUUCACCCGCGUUUCCGCCUAUAUCGAUUGGAUGAACGCUGUUAGUAUCAGAGAUUAAGUAUUUUAGAAAUAU